UUAAGAUUAGGGUUUUCCCCCUACGUUCUCACCUAUAUAUAAGUUAACAUCAUUUGGAAAAUCAUUUCACGGCCGUUCUUCCAUCAUCUCAGAUCUUACCGCUCUAAUUCAGUAUGCAGUUUUCUGACCUGAUCGGAGGUCCAAUAACUGACCAGAUCGAGUGUCCAUGUAUGGGAAUGGAUCAUAGCAUGUUGACAGUUCAUAGGAGCGCAUCUAUCUUUCUAUCAGUCAUGCUUUUUGGAUGAUGGUCGAGAUUGAAUACCAUAAAAGCCAUCUUUUUCGGCGGCCUUUAAGAUAGUUGGCGGAUUGUAAGGGAAAGAAUGAAUUAUUUAGGCAUGAUGUACCGGGGGCUUUCCCCGCCACCGGUUUUGUAAGUAGCCCAUUGGGUAAUGCUUUAGACUUGUAUAUAUAUUGCAUACUUCUUACCAUUCUGCUCAUUCGCCGUGUUUGUGUUUGUUGAAUACUAACAGCAACUUGAUAGACGGUGGUGGUUCAGUUUUCAAUUUGUUUUCCUAAUGGCAAAUACUGCUCAAUCAGAACUCCUAAAUGACCGCUUAUGGAAUGCCUAUGCUAGACCGCAGGCAUAUGUUCCCCUUGAAGGGGAGCACAUUUACUACUUCCCCCAAGGACAUAUUGAACAGCUGGAGGGCUCCAUGCAUUUUGGAUUAGACCAGCAGCUUUCAACAUUUUGUUUACCAGAAAAAUUACUGUGCAAAGUGAUGAAUGUUGAGUUACGGGAUGAACCGAGCACUGGUGAAAUGCAUGCAAAUAUAACUCUUAUGCCAGAUCAUGAUCAAGGCGAGAUGUUUGUUGAAGCCAGAAGGCACACAAGUCUUUCAAAGAAUUUGCUCGGUGCAUCUGUGAUGUUAAGUCGCCAUCAACUUGGGGUUCUUUCUGUUGCCUCUCACGCACUUACAACACAGUGCCGUUUUUCAGUCAUAUAUAAACCCAGAUGUUGUCUAUCUUUGUUCAUUAUCAACGUGAACAAGUACCUGGAAGCUCAGAAUCAUAUAAUAUAUGUUGGAAUGAGGUUCAUGAUGACCUUUGAGGAUGAAGACUUUGCUGAAAGAAGGUUUGGUGGUACCGUUGUUGCUGUUGGGGAGCCUGAAUGGAAAUCCAUAGAGGUUGAGUGGGACGAGAACUCAACAUUGCUUCGCCCGAACAAAGUUUCAUCUUGGGAGAUUGAACCUUCUAAAAGGAGCAUCUGGAGUUCAUGUUUAAGAAAGUUAAAAAAGCUAGUUUGUUGUGCCUGCUUGUAAGGCUUUAAUUUGCUUUUGUUUUUGUAAAGGCUUUAUAUGUUGUUUUCUUUUGACAAAUAAAGUUUUUAUAAAUCCAUCAAAUCAACUAAGUUUAUGUAUGGAGAUUGUU